AUGGCUCAGACUAGUUCCGCCUCUUGUGAUCUGCUGCUUUUCUGUUUGAUUUGGCAGCCUGCUAUCUUCUUGACCCUUUGUGGUGGUAUGGCACGAAACUUGACUGAGAACAGGACCAGAAAUACAUUAAUUGUGAUUGUGAUUUUUGGCCUCUGUUCCUUCUUCUAUAUCUUGGGUGCUUGGCAGAAAAGUGGUUCUGGAGGAGGAGACAAAACACAUAAGUGGGUCCUUGAGCAGAUCAAAUGUGCACAGCUCCCAAAUCUGAGUUUUGAGACCCAUCAUAGUGCAUCCAACCUUCCGAAUGUUACUGGUAGUUCCAAAAUUGAACCUUUCAAGCCAUGUGAUGAGCAGUACACUGAUUACACUCCUUGUGAGGAGCAAAAGCGUGCGAUGACCUUCCCUAGAGAUAACAUGAUCUAUCGGGAGAGGCAUUGUCCACCGGAUAAGGAGAAGCUUUAUUGCCUGAUCCCAGCACCAAAGGGUUAUGUUGCUCCUUUUCGAUGGCCAAAGAGUCGUGAUUUUGUUCCUUAUGCCAAUGUACCACACAAGAGCCUUACUGUUGAGAAGGCUAUCCAGAACUGGGUGCACUAUGAGGGCAAUGUUUUCAGGUUUCCUGGUGGUGGAACACAGUUUCCUCAGGGUGCAGAUAAAUAUAUAGACCAGCUUGCUUCUGUCAUCCCAAUAGCUGAAGGGAAAGUGAGAACUGCACUGGAUACUGGUUGUGGGGUUGCCAGUUUGGGUGCUUACCUGUUGAAGAAAAACGUUUUGACCAUGUCAUUUGCACCACGGGAUAAUCAUGAGGCACAAGUACAGUUUGCAUUGGAGAGAGGUGUCCCUGCAUAUAUUGGUGUCCUCGGGUCAAUAAAGCUGCCAUUUCCAUCUCGUGUCUUUGACAUGGCCCAUUGCUCGAGAUGUUUAAUUCCAUGGAGUGGAAAUGAUGGUAUGUACAUGAUGGAAGUUGACAGAGUACUAAGGCCCGGCGGGUAUUGGGUGCUGUCAGGCCCGCCCAUUGGCUGGAAGAUUCACUAUAAGGGGUGGCAACGUUCAAAGGAAGAUCUUCGGAACGAGCAAAGAAAAAUAGAACAAUUCGCACAAUUUCUUUGUUGGAAUAAGAUAUCUGAGAAGGAUGGUAUCGCCAUAUGGAGAAAGAGAUUAAAUGACAAGUCUUGCACCAUGAAACAAGAUAAUCCAAAAGGUGGCAAAUGUGAUUUGACAAGUGACAGUGACGUAUGGUACAAGAAGAUGGAAGUUUGUAUAGCCCCCCUACCCGAGGUUAAUAGUGUAUCUGAGGUUGCAGGUGGUCAAUUAGAGCCUUUUCCCAAGAGGCUCUACGCAGUACCUCCUCGUAUAACCCUUGGUUCUGUGCCUGGUUUCUCAGUUCAGUCAUAUGAAGAGGACAAUAACCUUUGGCAGAAACAUGUUAAGGCUUACAAGAAAACCAAUAACUUGCUUGAUACUGGAAGAUAUCGCAAUAUAAUGGACAUGAAUGCUGGUCUCGGUAGUUUUGCUGCUGCACUAGAGUCCCCAAAGCUAUGGGUCAUGAAUGUCAUUCCAACAAUUGCAAAUACUUCCACUUUAGGUGUAAUCUACGAGCGUGGAUUAAUAGGAAUGUAUCAUGACUGGUGUGAAGGAUUUUCUACUUAUCCAAGGACAUAUGACCUCAUACAUUCUAAUGACGUCUUCAGCUUGUACCAAAACAAGUGUCAGUUUGAAGAUAUACUCCUGGAAAUGGACAGAAUCUUACGCCCAGAGGGUGCAGUCAUAAUUCGUGACAAGGUUGAUGUUCUUGUAAAAGUGGAGAAAAUAGCCAAUGCCAUGAGGUGGAAGACAAGAUUGGCUGAUCAUGAGGGUGGCCCUCAUGUACCUGAGAAGAUACUCUUCGCGGUCAAGCAAUACUGGGACAUUGCAAAAACAAGCAGCUAA